UCUACUCACAAAUUUUUGGAACUGCCAUGGGUAACCCCCUGUCGUCCCCACUAGCCGAUCUCGUCAUGGAGAAUCUGAUGCACGCCGUCGUCAAAAAGCUCGAUUUUCAACCACCAGUGCUCAAGAAGUACGUCGACGACCUGAUCGUAGCGCUUCCCCUGAACAAGUUGAAACACGUCCAAGACUCAUUCAAUAGCUACAGCCAACACAUCCAAUUCACCUACGAGCUAGAAGAAAACAGGAGACUGCCGUAUCUGGACAUGGUAUUGGUCCGCACCGAAGCCCAACAGAUCCGGACGGAAUGGUACCGAAAGCCAAUUUCGAGUGGUCGUUUUCUGGACUUCUUCUCCUGCCACACCACGAGCCAGAAGGUCAAUACAGCUAUGAACUUCAUACAACGUGUAGACAAACUGUCUACCAACUUAAACACUCGGGAAAAAAUGAAGAUCGUGGACAGGGAGCUAGAAAUCAAUCAUUACCCAAAACCCCUUCGGCGUCGACUCAUCAACUGCCAGCUAUGUAACCGUUCCAGCAACGGCAACCAACAACAACAACAACAAACGCAACAAGCCGAACCGAGCCACCAGCAGACAAACAUCUGCUACCGAUCCAUACCAAACAUCCCAACCUUGUCACAAACUAUAGCCAAAACACUCAAGCAGGACUACCCGGAGGUACGGUUAGCUUUCCGCAACACCAACACUGUGGGCUCAAGCUUCUUCAGCAACAUGAAGGACAAGGUGCCCACGGAGAACCACACCAACGUCAUCUAUGCUAUCCCAUGCAACGAAUGUGAGAGUUCGUACAUCGGGAUGACAACAACGCAGCUGAAAACGAGGAUGUCGAGCCACAGAAGCGACAUAAAACGGUUGGACGAGCUGCUACAGGCGGGACACACCACUGACGACUACAAGAUAGCCGAGCUGAGGCAGAAAACAGCUUUGCUCGAGCACAGCAUCGCAAAACAACAUUCUUUCGACACGAAAAAAGUAAGAAUCUUAGACCAACACAACCGUGGUACAGCUCUACCAAUCCUAGAGAUGUGCCAUAUCACGAACAAUAACCAUACCGUAAACAAACGUACAGAUACAGAGGGCCUGAGUAUUAUCUACGCAGGAUUACUACACACACUUAAAACUAAAAACUAUAAACACAGAAAACCCAACACAGUAACACCGGGUGAAACAGAACAAGAAUAGUAUUCCCUCCCUUCUCCCACAUUUGACCCACAUUUAGUACACAAAAUGACCCAAAUUCUAGCCAUGCCUUUGACGCUUUUUGGUGAACAAACCGCCAUUAAGCUCCGUUCGAUUGAAAUUGACCGUUUCGUGGAUAGUGCAACACAAAAAGUUUUUUCGAAACCGAAACCAGCAGCUACCAGCAUAAUAUGUGCUGCUAUGCACCAACUAAGACUGAGGAACAACAACAAAAGACAGUUAUCAAUUUACCCAAAACCCCAAAAAUAACAAGAAAACAAACCGUUUUUAAUCCUUGAAAAAGGCAAUAAAUUUGCCGAAACGUCGGAAAUUGAAACAAUACAUUGUUUUCACUGCUAAAUGACUGAAAGCCGAAAACCAAAUCCAAAAUUGUAGAGUAACAGUCGAGAGCAUAACUACU